AUGGAACCAACACAAUAUACACCCGCAACAUUGCGACUUCCAUUAUUGAGAUCGAUCGAUAUCAAAGAGAUUAUGCAAGAAAUGGGCCUAUUAGCACUGUAUGAGAGAAAUAGAGAGUUUUGGAAUGCCAUUGGAGUUGUUCCUCGACAUUUGCAGUUGGCUUUAGAAGGCUAUGAAAAGAAAGAAUUAAAAACUUUGGUGGAUAUGGACAAUGCAGAUACUGUAAUAUCCACCAUGUAUCAUAUUGUAACAAAAGCUGUACAAAGACAAUACGAGAGUGAUUUAGAGAACCCAACAAAUUACUUUGUCGAAUUGGCUUUGAGAAUGUUAUCCGGGUAA